AUGCGCACUAGCUUUGCCACUGCUCUCCUCGCCUCCACGCUUCUUGCCGCCGACUUCCAGGCUAUCGGCGGUACUGCCACCAACUACGCCGGCGGUUGGUCCUCCACCAACCCCACCGCCGAGUGUGUGGAUAUCUGCUCGGCGCCGUCCAAGACGUGCCUGACUUCCGCCGCCGACUGCCUGGCCAAGACCGAGACGCCCGGCGACUUCGACUACCUCGUGCUGGAGCAGCUCUUUGUGCCGCAGUUCUGCCGCGACCUGCUCAAGGGCUAUGACGAGACCAUCUCGCACCAGAACGUCGACGUGUACCCGAACGGCACGAGCUGCGUGGCCAGUCGAGCCAAGAGCGAGCUGACGAUCCACGGCCUGUGGCCCAACUGCAACGACGGCUACGUGAGCUGCUGCAACCCGAACUCGACGGUCACCAACCAGCCGUACGACGCGGCCGAGUUUGCGCUGCUCGAGAGCGACCUCCUCGCCACCAUGGGCGACAAGUGGGUGGACGCCACGCAGGAGUCGACCUACGACACGCUGUGCGAGAUCUACGACCACGAGUUCCAGAAGCGCGGCUUGUGCUACCACGCCGACGGGGACGACUUCAUGUCGGCUGCGGUCACGUACUUCACGGCCACGCUCAACACGGCCGAGCGUUUGAGCUCCGCCACCGAGCAGAUCAACAAGUGGGCGGCCCAGGCCACGCCGCAGACGACGCUGGCGGAGAUCGAGGCGCUGUACGACCACGACGUUAUCGUGUUGUGCUCGUCGGUGGACGGCAACAACAGCCUCUCGUCGAUUCGCACGUGCUACGAGAAGCCUUCGAACAUCUCGAGCGAGGGCCCGACCACGCAGACCGACUGCGCGACUAUCACGGCGUCCGCGCCCUUCGAGUACUGCUCGGGCGACUACCGCAUCCAGUUGACAGCGUACACAGCCCCGGACUCGUCCGCUACAACCUCGGCCCCGAUCCAGCCGCGCGCGCCUCGCACGCAGCCCUUCUGCCAGCUCUUCAGCCAGCAGGGUUUCUGCGGCCUGCUCUGGUUCUGCGAGUGGAGCGGCAGCGACAACCAGUGCAACGGGCGCAACUUCUAA